AUGGAAGAUCACUCGGCUCGGGGUCCUGGGUCCCCACCCCGCCCCGCCCCCGGGCCGCAGAGUCACAAAGGCCCCUGGGCAACCCGCGGAGUGCGGAGGGAGGCUGGGCUCUGAGAAGUCCGCGCGCCGCUUCGGAGGCAGGGCAAGUGGGCGCGGGCCUGGGGCGGCGGCGGCGGGGGCCGGGAGAGGAGGGCUGGGGGUCUCGAGAAGCUCCCGGAUAAUGAGCUCCCACGUGGCAGGCCUGGGCCUGGACAAGAUGAAGCUGGGCAAUCCCCAGUCCUUCCUGGACCCGGAGGAGGCAGAUGACCAACAGCUGCUGGAGCCGGAGGCGUGGAGGACCUACACCGAGCGCCGCAAUGCCCUGCGUGAGUUCCUGACCUCGGACCUGAGCCCUCACCUGCUCAAGCGCCACCACGCCCGCAUGCAGCUGCUGCGUAAGUGCUCCUACUACAUCGAGGUCCUGCCCAAGCACCUGGCCCUGGGCGACCAGAACCCGCUGAUGCUGCCUAGCGCCGUGUUCCAGCUCAUCGACCCCCGGAAGUUCCAGCGCAUGAAGAAGGUGGGCACAGCUCAGACCAAGAUCCAGCUCCUGCUGCUCGGGGACCUGCUGGAGCAGCUCGACCACGGCCGCGCUGAGCUGGACGCCCUGCUCCAGUCGCCAGACCCUCGGCCCUUCCUGGCCGACUGGGCGCUGGUGGAGCGGCGGCUGGCGGACGUGUCGGCCGUCAUGGACAGCUUCCUGACCAUGAUGGUGCCGGGGCGGCUGCACGUCAAGCACCGCCUGGUGUCUGAGGUCAGUGCCGCCAAGAUCCCGCACAUCUGGCUCAUGCUGGGCACCAAGAUGCCCGUCGUGUUUGACCGGAAGGAGUCGGCGGCCCACCAGGACUGGGCCCGGCUGCGCUGGUUCGUCGCCAUCCAGCCGGCCACGUCGGAGCAGUAUGAGCUGCGCUUCAGGCUGCUGGACCCGCGGACGCAGCAGGAGUGCGCCCAGUGUGGCGUCAUCCCCGUGGCUGCCUGCACCUUUGACGUCCGAAACCUGCUGCCCAACCGUUCCUACAAGUUCACCAUCAAGAGGGCUGAGACCUCCACGCUGGUGUACGAGCCCUGGAGGGACAGCCUCACCCUGCAGACGAAGCCAGAGCUGGAGGGGCCCGCCCUCAGCCACUCUGUCCGAGAGAUGAUUUUCUAAUAUUUAUGCACUAAUAAAGAGGAGUGUAAACGCA